AUGUCCUGGUUCUCGCGCACCGGCGGAAACUGGGGAGGACGCUUCUCGCCAUUUGGCCGUCCAGGCAACUCGCCCAACGCCGGCGUCGUCAACGACUCUGACUUUUCAUACAUCACCAACGAAGACCUACGACGAAAUGGUCAGGCGCAAGCGCCCGAAAUCGUCGACUGGGAUGACAAGAACCCAGAACGGGAGACAGACGUUCUCAUCUUCAAGAACGGGCGCACACAUUACCCUACACACUUCCCCGCGCACAGCAUACGCGAUGGAGAUCUGAAGAUUGGUACAGUUCGACAAGCGGCAGCAAAGAAGCUGGGCGUCGAUGACCACAGGCGGAUACGCAUGUUCUACAAGGGCAGGAAUCUGAAGCACGACGAGCGGACUGGACGGGAGGAAGGCCUCCGUGGUGACGGAACCGGUAGUGAGAUUCUGGUCACCGUAGGCGAAACCCCAGUCAGUGGCCUAGCACCCGGAUCAGAAGACGCACCACAGCACGCAUACAGCGAGGGAGAGGACGACGAUGACGACGAAGAUGACGUCGACUCUGGCGCGAAUACCACAGGCAAGAAGAAGUCGCGCAAGCGCGGCGGCAGGAAGAGCAAGAAGAAGGGUCCUUCUUCGGCAAACGCCUCUGGCACCUCAACACCCGGCUACACAACUGGCGGGGCCGGCGCAGAAUACCUCCCUAUCCCCUCGCAUAUCAGCGCGGCACCGCGCCCGAGUCCCACUCCUCCCCCGGCCAAACCCGCCGAGCCCCAAACCCCAAUCGGCAAACUCGAUGCCAUCGCCAGCAAGUUCCACACCGAAUUCGUACCCAUGUGUGUGCAAUUCAUGGCCAGCCCGCCAGAAGAUAAGGCGAAGAGGACAUUCGAAUACAAGAAGCUGAGUGAGACUAUCUUGACCCAGAUCAUCUUCAAGCUAGAUGGUGUCGAGACGGAAGGUGAUCCAGAAGCUAGGCUCAAGCGCAAGGCUCUCGUCAAGGAGGUCCAGGGCAUGCUGACAAGGCUGGAUGAGGCCGGAAAGGCUGGUUAA